UAAUGUAUGUUUAUCAUCUCUGUUUAAAGCAGCAAUUGCCCAAUUGGGUCUGAAGAUAGAGAAAGUGUCUCUCUUUCUGCAGCAAAACCAGUAAGAAGAAGAAUUUUAAAAAGUAAUAUUGUAAUAAAUGCAAAGGUAGUGUGUAUAUAUACUGUAUAGAGUAUACAGUUCAUCGAGAUCUGCGUGUUAACUCUGCGUUUGCUUGACGGAGAAGCUUCAAGAAAUUCUUAGCUGAAUUGAACGUUAGCAUUUAGGGACUGUUUGUUCGAAUCUAAAACAGCUGCAACAACAACAACUACUUUACUCUUUAUAAUUCUUCUGUUGUUGGCUCUUUAGCGUGCGUGUUCUUGAAGAAAUGCCCACUUUAAAUCUUUGGCCUUUUCUCCUUUCUUCACUGUCUCUCGGCUUCUACUUCAGAUCAGCAUUUUUCUUCCUCUGAUGGCUAUCACUGUCUUGCACUCGCAUUCUUGAGCUAUUUCAAGAAAUUUUUCAGUUGAGAUUGAAAUUGCUGGUGUUUGUGCAGAAUUGAAAUUAGGGGAAGAAGAGGAAUUGCUAAGGUUAUACUCAUCAAUCACAUCCGAGACAAUUUCAUUAACAUACUCUAUGAAGACACUCUCAUUCAUUCUGGCAUUGACAUUUCAGUCUCUACUGUUUUUCCUUCCCCAAACUAGUGCUGACCUAAAUUCUGACAAACAAGCCCUUCUUAACUUUGCUGCUGCAGUUCCUCAUAGAAGGAAACUCAAUUGGAAUUCUACUACCCCAGUAUGCAAGACUUGGGUAGGCAUCACCUGUAAUGGUUCUCGUGUAACUUCUGUUCGCCUCCCUGGCACUGGACUGUAUGGUCGUAUUCCAGCUAACACGCUUGAGAAGUUGGAUGCCCUCAUGACCCUCAGUCUCCGCUCCAACCGCCUUAGUGGAGACCUUCCUUCAGAUUUACUCUCGCUUCCUUCCCUUCGUUAUGUAUACCUUCAACAUAACAACUUUUCAGGAACUAUUCCCUUAUCUCUUUCUUCUCAUCUUAACUCACUUGACCUCUCCUACAAUUCAUUCACAGGCAGCAUUCCUAUCACAGUACAAAACUUAACAAACCUUACCAGUUUGAACCUUCAAAACAAUUCCCUUACAGGAUCUAUACCCCAAAUCGGUAACUCAGUGCUCAAACAGUUAAACUUGAGCUACAACCACUUGAAUGGUUCAGUUCCAUCUACUCUUCAAAAGUUCCCUAUCUCCUCCUUUGAGGGGAAUGAUAUGCUAUGUGGACCACCACUCAACCGGUGUUCCUCACUUGUGCCCUCCCCUUCGCCUUCCCCCACUUCCUUACCACCUUCUCCAACCAACUCCCAGUCCCCCACUUCCUUACCACCUUCUCCAACCAACUCCCAGUCCCCCAUUUCCUUACCACUUUCUCCGACCAACUCUCAAAAACCAACAUACAGUUCAAAGAAGAAACUAAGUACUGGGUCUAUCAUUGCCAUUGCAAUUGGAGGAGCUGCGAUACCAUUCUUUUUAUUUUUGCUUUACGUGAUAUGCUGUUUGAAGAAAAAAGGUAGUGAAGACAAAGCUGCACUGGAAGAGAAAGGCAGAAGGAAUGAGAAGCCUAAGGAAGACUUUGGGAGUGGGGUGCAAGAUGCUGAGAAGAACAAGUUAGUAUUUUUUGAAGGAAGUUCUUACAAUUUUGAUCUUGAGGAUUUAUUGAGAGCGUCAGCUGAAGUACUAGGAAAAGGAAGUUAUGGAACAACCUAUAAGGCUAUCUUGGAGGAGGGAACAAUAGUAGUUGUGAAGAGGUUAAAAGAUGUGGUGGCAGGGAAAAGAGAAUUUGAGCAGCAAAUGGAGACUGUUGGAAGAGUUGGCCAGCACUUAAAUGUCAUUCCUCUCCGUGCUUAUUAUUACUCCAAGGAUGAGAAACUCCUGGUUUAUGACUAUGUAGCAGGCGGAAGCUUUUUCACAUUAUUGCAUGGAGGUGGUAUUUUUGGGCGAACUCCCCUGGACUGGGAAUCCAGAGUAAAGAUUUGCCUUGGAGCUGCAAGAGGCAUUGCCCAUAUCCAUUCUGCUGGUGGAGGGAAAUUCAUUCAUGGCAACAUCAAAUCCUCCAAUUUACUCCUCACUCAAGACCUCCGUGGCCGCAUUUCAGAUUUUGGCUUAACUCCUAUAAUGAGUUAUCCCUCUGUCCCAGCUAGAAGUGCAGGCUACCGAGCUCCUGAGGUGAUAGAAACUCGAAAAUCUACCCAAAAGUCUGAUGUUUAUAGUUUUGGGGUUCUCCUACUUGAAAUGCUGACAGGCAAAGCACCAGUCCAAUCAACCGGGCAAGAUGAAGUGGUUGAUCUCCCAAGGUGGGUCCAAUCUGUUGUUCGAGAGGAAUGGACCGCAGAAGUGUUUGAUGUGGAGUUAAUGAGAUACCAGAAUAUUGAGGAAGAAAUGGUGCAGAUGCUACAAAUAGCAAUGUCAUGCGUGGCAAGAGUGCCAGACACAAGACCUACGAUGAAUGAAGUGGUUAGGAUGAUAGAGGAAAUCCGGCCAACAGAUUCCGUGAACCACACAUCAGAGGAGAACACAGAAUCAAAUACUCAAACCCCAUAAUCAAUUUGUUGAUCAUUUCCAUACACAGAAUUUACUGCUUAGAUUUCCCGUAUGAUAGCUCGUUUAACUGUUCGAGAGCAAAUCUAUUAGACUGCAUCUGUUAGUCUACAAGCAAGUGUGCGAAGGGAAACUCCUAGUGUAAGUACUUCUAUUUAUAUUGCAAGACGUUUGUCCAGUGAUUUGAUCAUCUUUUAGCAUUGUAGCUUACAAAUUUUUCCUUACUAGAGUUUAUUUCCUUAUUGUAACAAAGUUUUCUUCAUAAUAUUUAUCUUUAGACCCUAA